CUGGUUGCCCGGACAGCCAGCCAGUUUAUAAUCAGAUUAAACUGGGCAAUGGCUGGAGAAACAGAGGACGAAAUACCUGAAUCUGGAGCAGUCUUCACCUUUGGAAAGAGUAAAUUUGCUGAUAAUAUCCCCAGUAAAUUCUGGCUCAAAAACGACUCACCUCUUAGGAUAUCUUGUGGGGACGAGCAUACAGCAUUAAUAACAGAAAAUGGAAAGCUGUUUAUGUUUGGCAGUAAUAACUGGGGUCAAUUAGGCUUGGGAACAAAGACUGCUGUGAAUAAGCCAACUUGUGUGAAAGCACUGAAGUCUGAGAAGGUGAAGCUUGCUGCUUGUGGAAGAACUCACACACUUGUUUACACAUCACAAGGCAACUUGUAUGCUGCUGGUGGAAAUAAUGAAGGCCAGUUAGGUCUCGGUGACUGUGAAGAGAGGACCUCUUUUGAGCUUGUGGACUUUUUUGGCAAGCAUGGACCAAUCAAAAUGCUUGCUGCUGGCUCUAACACAUCUGCUGCCCUCACAAAUGAUGGGAAACUGUACAUGUGGGGUGACAACUCUGAAGGUCAGAUUGGAUUAGGGAGACAGAGCAAUGCCUUGAGUCCUCAGGAAGUAAACAUCGGGAGACCCGUGUCCUGGAUUUCCUGCGGAUACUACCACUCUGCCUUUGUCACUGUCGAUGGGGCCUUAUUCACUUUUGGAGAGAGAGACAGUGGGAAGCUGGGACUGUCCACAGAGAAGCUGGCCAGUCACAAGGUGCCUCAGCGAGUGGAUGGCAUUCCUAACCAGGUUCUCCAGGUGGCCUGUGGAGGAGGGCACACAGUGGCUCUCACAGAGGAAGAGCUGUACUCGUUUGGCCUCGGUCAGUUUGGGCAGCUCGGUCAUGGUACCUUCAUCUUUGAGGCUCGUCUUCCCAGAGUCGUUGAACACUUUAAAAAAGGAAGAGUGCAACAUGUGGAAUGUGGAGAGAACCACACUGCUGUGGUCACAGACAGUGGCCUUCUGUACACGUUUGGGGAUGGACGUCAUGGUAAACUGGGUCUUGGAGAGGAGAACUUCACCAACCAGUUCAAACCAACACUGUGUCCUCGAUUCCUCAGAUAUCAUGUGCAAUCCGUGUCAUGUGGGGGCUGUCACAUGAUUGUGUUGGCCAGACCAAGGGUAAAAGGCUCAGAGGAUAUGGUCCUGGAAGAUGAUGAUGUUACUGAGGACUACUUGGAGAAAUCCUUUACAGAGCUGUUAGGGGACACAUCCACUCCCGCCACCCUGCGCAGGAGCAUGUCAGCACGGGUCAGACGCAGAGAGAGGGAACGCUCUCCAGAGCAGUUUGGGCUGAUGUUCCGCACCCUCCCCCCACUGACUUCCGGCUACCUCAACUCCUCCCUGUCUGUGCCCAGUCAGACUAUGCCCUCUCAGCUGCCGCCCACUGACCUACACAACAAAAGUAAUCAGAACAGUUCUCCAAUGACGAAGGAGAGGGUGCUGGAUAAGAAAAGCGCUGUUGUAGCAGACAUUGAGGACAAUGAGAAUGAAAAGGAUUUGGGAGACACCACUGACCUGCUGAAUGUGACUCAUGUUAUGAAGAUGGACCCCGUUGAUAAUACGCUAACAUUGUCUCCAGUUCAGAAGAAGAAAGUUAAGGUUUUGAAAGGACAUGGUAAGGAAGUGGGGCACGCCCACUCUGAGGGGAGGGCAGACCUAGCACCUCGUCGGGCGCUCCCCACAGAGUUACUGAGGAGCUCCAGUGACAGGUCUCUGUUGAGUGACACAUCAGUUGCUAAGAGUCCUAAGAGUCAGAGCAGAGCCAGUGGUAAGGAGAACGUUCUCUUAGCUGUGGAGGACAGCAAGACUGUUCGGCAUAAAGUGGAGAGCAGCAAGAUGAGAAGAGGAGCACAGUCACCAAGUCGAGCCAAGAUCAGUAGGGCUGAAGCCAAAGCUCACUCACCUGUAUCCACAAAAUCAGAGAAAGGUUUACUGACUGAGACUGAAAAUAAAGUAAAAACAGCGACUAAAGAGUCAAAAGGAAGGGCUCAGACCACCAGUCAGCAGAAAGAAGGUGAACGCAAGGUAAAGUCUGAGGUUUCUAAGACUAAGGAAAGCCCUCAGGCACAAAGCCAAGGAGAUAUUACUCAGGCUAUGCCUGAAACACUCUUGCCAGACCGGAAAAGACAAGCAAAAGUGGUCAAAAGUAAGGAAAAAGAGGUGAAGAUGCAUGCCCAAGGAACAGAACGUCCAAGGGUGGAACGUCAGCCUGCGCAGAUUAAGACCUCUGCAAAAGGUAAAAUCCCAGCAGUGAAAGAGAUAGCGCUUCAGGCCACACCUAAACGUAUCAAUGAAAAAAGCAAAUCUGGGCAAAUUGAAACUAAAAAGACAGAUAAAAAGACAGAAAUGAAGUCAGAUUCACAACGCCUUAAAGAACCAGUGGAGGCCGGGACAGGUGGCAAAAAACCUGUCGAAGUUCAGACUGUUAAAACAAAGACCCCCUCCCCUAAACCUGAGGCAAAAAAGACAACAAAAAUGCAAAGCAAGGGACCCAUUAUGGUCUCUGAAGUUGCUGCUGUGCCAACCAGUGGUGUGAAAUCCAAAUCUGAUGGGGCUUUAGGUCCUAAACCGGAUUCAGGACCAGAGCAGACACAGAUUAAUCCCCUCACAGAGGUGACCACCCUAAUCCAAGAAAUGGGAAUGGACAGCUCAGCACGAUUGCUGAGGGAAGCUGCGACUAGCCAGUUGAUGCCCAAAUCACGGAGCCCUGACUCGUUCCAAUCCACACCUCAGAAGCAAGCCAGGAAGGAGAAAGUCACCAAACAGAAGUCCGUUUCAGACCUCUCACCUGGUGGGUCCUCUGAGGCCAGUUCUCCAGGGAGAGCACCGGGCAAGAGGACAGCUGUGGCCAUCAAUAUAAUCCCAGAGCCAGGACUUUCUGACGAAGAGACAGAGAGAAGCAGUUCUCAGUACGACUCCAAAGAGAGUGGGGUGGAGGAGGAAGAGGAGGAAGAGGCCAGUGAGAUGAGUAGACAGGAGGAAGAGAAUGGAGAAUUUGAUCAGGGUGAGGAAAGCAAGAUGAGCGAAGUUGAGGAGCAAGAGAGUGGGGAAGAAUCAGAUAGUGAGCUGGAGAACAAAAGCAAGGGAUCAGUGUCAGAAGAAGAGGGAGAGCAGGAAGAAGAGGGCGAGCAGGAAGAAGAGGAGGAAGAGGAGGAUGGAGAGAACAAAGAGUCAGUGGAGAAAGAAAGUGAAGAGGAAGAAGACGGAGAAUCAGAUGGGACAGGUGAUGGAAGUGAGUUAGAGGAGAAUAGUGGAGCGGAGGUGGAAAGCCAAGAUGAAGGAGAGGAGCAUGAGAUGGAGAGUGGUGCGGAAGAUGAAGAGACAGGGGAUAAAGAAGAGAGAGAAGAGGAAGAAGGGGAGAGUGAAAAAGAGGAAGAAGAUGACAAUGAAGAGGGACAAGAGGAGGAUGAAGAGAGUGGGGCAGAAGAGGAAGAGGAAGGUGGAACCGAGGAAGGGGAAGAGGAAGAGGGUAAAGAAGAGAGUGAGGGUGAGGAAGAGGCAAAGGAAGAGAGUGAAGAAGAAGCUGAGGAGGAAGAGGAGGAGGGGGAGGAGGAAGAAGAAAGGGAUGAGAAGACUGAGGAUGAGAGUGGUGAAGAGGAAAAUGAUGAAAAAGAGGAUGAUGAGGAAGCAGAGGAGGAGGGAGAAGAGGAGGAAGAGGAGGAGGAGGAGGAGGAAGAAGAAAAGGAUGAGAAGACUGAAGAGAGUGGAGAAGAGGAAGCAGAGGAAGAGGGAGAAGAGGAGGAUGAGCAGGAAGAGGAGGAGGAAGAUGGUGACAAGGAAGAAAAGGAAGAAGAAGAAGAGGAGGAAGAAGAAGAAGAAGAGGAAGAAGAAGAGGAGGAGGAAAAUGAGCAAGAGGAAGAAGAAGAAGAAGAGGAGGAGGAAAAUGAGCAAGAGGAAGAAGAGGAUAAUGAUGAAGAAGAAAAAGUGGAGGAGGAAGAGGAAAAUGAGGAGGAGGAGGGUGAUGAAGGAAAAGAGGAAGAAGAGGAAAAUAAGGAGGCAGAAGAAGAGGAGGAGGAGGAGGAGGAGGAGGAAGAAAAAACAGAGAAACGAGUGAAAGGGAAGGAAAAAAUGUCUGGAUCUCUCAAAGAAAUGCAAAAAACUACACGAGUAAAGCAGCCAGCUAAAGCUAAGAAGAGCUCGUCAAGGAGAGGCCGGUCUGACAGUGACUCUCAAGAAUCCCAGCAGUUCUGGGACGACGUCCUACCUCAGUACCUCAAUCUGAAAUAA